AUGGCCGGCAGCUCACCCCCGGUGGCUCCCUCUGAGCCGCCAAGAUCUUUUGCAAGCUUUUUCCAAAAACCGUUUAAUGUGGUGGAUAAUAAAGAUUCGCUCAUUAAGCCGAUAAAAUUUAUUAAUGAUACUCCAACACUGGAAUAUGAAGAAGACGAGUUUGAGAGGUUGGUUGCACCGCACCGACUAUGCUUGGUUGGAAAAUUUUCAUAUGGCCGGCCAAAAAUGGAUGAAAUCCAUAAAGAGUUCAAGAAAAUCGGAUUCAAUGGCGCAUACACCCUGGGCCUCAUGAAUCCUAGGCAUGUUCUAAUCCGUUUUGAGCAGGAGGAUGAUUAUCAGAGAUGUUGGAUAAGAACCUUUUGGAACAUCGGAGGGUUUUCGGUGAGAAUAUUGAAGUGGACGCCGGGUUUUAGGUUUGAGGAAGAUCCCCCGGUAGUUCCAAUUUGGGUCUCCCUUUUCGACUUGCCAAUUGAAUAUAUGCACCCGGAGGUGAUAUACUCGAUGGCUACAGCUCUGGGUCAACCAUUGAAGGUGGACACUCCAACUUUGAAUAUGACGAGACCCUCGGUAGCUCGGUUUUGUGUUGGAGUUGAUCUCACAAAGGAACUUGUCAAAUCAGUCAAGAUAGGGAAGAAGGGCCGAAAACAUGAACAGUUUUUUACGUUUGAGCACGUCCCUUUCUACUGUCAAAAAUGCUGCAAGAUCGGACAUAAGGAAUCUGAUUGCCGAAUGGGGAAACCCUCACAAAAGAAUCCCCUUGUGAGGCCAACCGAGAGUACUGAAGCAGGAGGGAAGAAGCAGGAUUUGGAGGUGGAAAUAGUGAACCUGAAUCCGUUGAUUGUGAAAUCGAAUGCGACGACAUUGCAGUCAACGGAAACCAUCACUCCGCAACUACCCGCGAAAACCCUAGCUCCGCAACUGCCACCGAAAACCCUAAUGCCGCGCGAACCUGCUACGUCGUCUGGUCUUUCAGUCCAUGAUAAAGCCCUCAUCCCGGUCGAUUUACAGGAAAGUCCCGUGCCAAAUGUCGGAAAAAUCGUGACAGAAAAACUGACAACAACUACUACUGGAUCGCUGAAUUUGAUUACAGUUGCGCAGCCGUCAAACCCUUUCAGUGUAUUACGGAAUUUAGGCAAUGAUGAUACUGCAAUGAUAGAGGAUUCAGAGGAAGAGGAGCACAUGUCACUGGUUCCGAAACCGAUGGGAGAAAUGUUGUGCGAAGACUCUGUCACUGGAACAGUUAGUGAAGACGAUGAAGAAGAAUCAGCGGCGGAAGAGUUCAGCUGGUCCAAGGGGGAAAGAGAUGGUGCUCAUGUGGAACGGUCGGAAACUGUCUCUUUUCUUGUACUUUUGGAGCCUAUGCUUCCAAGUAAUGAACUAGAAGUAAUAAGGAGGCAGCUCCGCUUUGACUAUGAUUUUUCUUCCUCGUCAAGGAAGAUUUGGGUUCUAUGUAAAAAAGGUAUUCGGAUGACACUGCUUGGAGGAUCGGAGCAGGCUUUGCACCUGGAAAUAGAACAUCAAUCCUUGAAUCUAGUAACUCUGGUUUCCGCUGUGUAUGCAAAAUCAACUAGGGUUGCUAGAAGGGAGUUAUGGACUGAGCUACAAGGUUUCCGGCAUCACCAUCCCGAUUCUCUUUGGUUAGUUGGGGGAGAUUUUAACAUCAUUCAUUCGCUUGAUGAGUAUUCCGGAGUUUCAGUUCAGGAUCAAGAAGCCAUCGAUGAAUUUAAUAGCUUUAUUGAAGCCUCAUCACUAACGGAAUUGCUUGCUGUGGGGGAGGACUUCACAUGGGGAGUCAAGGUGAGAGGCUUGUUGCUAAUUAAACAUGUGCUGUCCGCCAUCCCAAUACAUGUUUUUGCGGCCAUUGAGCCUCCGAAAUCAAUCUUGAAUGCCAUUGCUCACCGAUGCCAACGGUUCUAUGGGAAGGAGUGGAAGGUGAUGGAAAAAAACACUGGAGAUCCUGGAACCGGCUUACCUACCCAGUGCUGGAAAAUGGUGUUGGAUUGCGCAAUUUUCAAGAGGUUUUGCAAGCCUUUUCCCUUAAAAUAUGGUGGAAGGUUAAACAUAAGCAAGGCAUUUGGGCAAAUUUCGUGCUCUCUUCAUCGCAUUUUGCGAGGAAAAGAACUUCUUGGAGCCGGUUUACCAAAAUUGAUCAUCUUGCAUCAUCUUUUUCAAAGGUGUUGGUGCAUAAGGGAAAUAGUAGCUUCUGGUUUGAUCAAUGGUCAAGUUUGGGCCGUAUAUGGGACAUCCAGGAUACGGAACCUCCAAUGCCAAAUCUUACAAUCCGGGAGUUUUUCUCAAUGGAAAAUCUUUACUUACAAGAGAUUCGGGGAUGAUUGGAGGAUAGAGCUUUUCAUGUCUUGGAGGAAAUGGAUUUAUCCUUCAAUGAGGGGGAAGACAAGCUCAUCUGGAAGCCGACCCCAUUGGGAGUAUUCACAAUCAAGUCCGAAUAUGAAGCAUUGCGGAGGAGGCAAGCUGAAAACCCUAGCCUGCGGAAUGUAUGGCAUAAAUUCAUUCCUUUGCGCAUCUCCUUCUUCAUGUGGAAGUUUGGUAAUUCACUUCUCCCUUUUACGGAGAAUCUAUGUAGAAUGGGCAUAUACUUGCAACCAUCAAUUUGCUGGAAGUGUUGCACAUGGUUCAAGCCUUGGAGAAUAUUUGAAUUCAUGGUGGAUUUCAGGGAACUUUAAAACAGCUAUUGGGGUCAUAAAGAAUGUUCUGCCAUCCUUUAUAGUGUGGGAGCUAUGGAAGGUGAGGAACAAGUUCUUUUUUGAAAAUGUUGACUCCACUUUUUCAGGUGUCGUCAAAGCUGUCAAAGAGCAUCUUCAUGGAAUGAUGCUAGUCCAUAGACUUAAGGCUCGAAAUGUUGUAGAGAGGGAGUCGCUUCAGCUAAUCUUUCCGAACACACCUUUCUGCCUAAAACAAAAAAAGGUGCGCAAGGUUUCUUGGCAACAACAGCGCAAGCAUGUGCUGAACACUGAUGGAUCUUCCAACUCCCAAGCUGCUGGGUAUGGCUUUGUAAUCCGAGGUGAGAAGGGGUUUUUUCUUUAUGGGGAAGCUGGAUUUUUGGGAAGUGGAGAUAGUCUUCAAGCGGAGGUUUAUGGCCUUUUAUUUGGAGUUCGGAAAUGUGAGCAUCUUGACCUGUUCCAGGUGGAAGUUCAAACGGAUAACCAAUUUUUGGCAAAUAUUCUUGCCACUGGAGGUCCUUGUCCGUGGAGAUUCUAUUUCGAGUUGCGAGAGAUUCGAGCAAUUCUUGAGAGAAGGGAUUACUCUAUACACCAUAUUUACAGAGAAGCGAAUGCAGUAGCAGAUAGUUUAGCUAGAUGUGCUUCAGAUGAAGUUUCAGCAGAAUUUUUUUCCUUAGGAGAUCUUCCGAAUUUCACUAGGGGUCUCAUCACUCUAGAUCAACAAUCUAUGCCGUAUGUGAGAGUGCGGUAA